AUGCAGAGAGGCACGCCGGUGAGAAAGCCACACACCUCCACCUCCGAUCUCCUCACUUGGUCCGAAACUCCUCCGCCGGAAGCCCCCGCCACCGCCUCCUCCGCCCCUCGCUCAGGCCAGCCUUCGGAUAGAAUCAGCAAGGUUCUCCAUGGUGGCCAGCUCACCGACGAAGAAGUUCAGACGCUAGCCAAGAGCAAACCAUGCUCAGGGUAUAAAAUGAAAGAAAUGACUGGAAGUGGUAUAUUUGGUGCCAAUGAGAAAGAUUCUGCAUCGGAAGCCAAUUCUGUAGAUUCGAAUAACAGAACAAGCAUACGCAUAUGUCAGCAAGCGAUGAAUGGAAUCAGUCAGAUAUCAUUCAGCACUGAAGAAAGCAUUUCUCCUAAAAAGCCUACCUCAAUCCCUGAGGUAGCAAAACAGCGUGAACUGAGUGGGACAAUGCAAAGUGAUUCCGACUCAAAGAGUAAGAAGCAAAUAUCAAAUGCCAAGACCAAGGAGCUCACUGGAAAUGACAUAUUCGGCCCUCCUUCUGAAAUUGUGCCGCGAUCAGUGGCAGCUGCGCGCAGUUUGGAAUCAAAGGAAAGUAAAGACAUGGGAGAGCCUCUUCCCAGAAACGUGCGAACAUCAGUGAAAGUUUCCAACCCUGCAGGUGGCCAAAGUAAUAUCUUAUUUGGUGAGGCACCUGUUGAGAAGACAGCAAAAAAGAUACAUGACCAGAAGUUUGCGGAGCUGACAGGCAAUAAUAUUUUCCAAGGAGAUGUUCCUCCAGGUUCAGCAGAAAAGCCUCUGAGCAGGGCUAAGCUCAGAGAAAUGACUGGCAGUGACAUAUUUGCUGAUGGAAAGCCAGAAAUCAAAGACACUGUGCGAAGUGGUCGGAAACCCCCUGGUGGAGAGAGUAGCAUUUCCUUGAUUUAA